AUGCCUGAAGAGCAAAUGGCCGUGCCCUGGUUACGAUACACACUCACGAUUCCAUGCAUAUUCCCAAACCCCUGGCAUCGCUCAUCAAGCAUUCCGACCACCCCACUCAGCGCUGCCGACCUGCUUCGCAACCGCUUUGUCUUCAAGAUAACGUUCGAAGGAGUAGCAGCACGGUUGAUGGUCGUUCCCGAGCAGCACAUCCUCAGACACAUCCCGGUACGGAUCGGGACAAAUCACGCCUUGGACGAUGCCGUCGGCUGUGUCUGCAGUGACGAGCGCCGCGACAGCGUCUGCACUACGAUAGCGCGGAGCCAGAUGUACCCUAAAGCGCUCAGAAGCUUACAGCGGGUGCUCACGCAAGAAGGCAAAGCCAUCUCGGCCGAGACUAUGGCUGCUGCUACAUUGCUUCAAAUGCACGAGCACUCAAUGGCACCUUCGUCUAGUGGCUGGGUCACCCAUGCGAACGGCGUCAUUAGGAUGCUGGAGCUUCGCGGUCCUUCUCGAAUGGAAGGCGACCUUGACGGAGCCAUCCUACACGCCGAAUCUGGGAACAUCUUCAUCGAUGCUCUUCGGAACCGCGCAGUCUGUUUCCUUACCGAUCCCCGCUGGAGGGCCUUGAUCAGGUCGGGUUCUGCAUUCCGAAAUGCGGAUCAGGACACAGCGCAUAAUGCCAUGAUGACCGUUGGCUUCUCUAUGCCUGGCAUCGUCGCUCGUUUCGAGGAUUACCGUUCUGGCGUGCGGGGGGUAGAGGACGUCGUUCUGGAACUCAGCAAGGUUUGCGAACCUCUGCGGGAGUGGCAGAAUGUCUUCGAAUUGCAGUACUGCUCCUCUUCAUCUCCGUUAGAAGAUAAGAGCGACGUUAAACGAAUGGCGCACGCCUCGAACGUCUCGUUUCACGUCUCCCACAUCUUGAUCUAUUACGUGGCCGCCGAGAUGCACGUGUCCACUGUGGGCACAGAUAUCAGCAUCCCGGAACUACCGGGCUUUCCAGCCCGCGAAAACGAAGCUAUCACGUGUAAUCGUUUGAGAGGACACUCUUCAAAGGCGCAGGUGGAGCUGUCCGCUCUGGGCGCGAUUGAUGGCCACGCCGCAUCGGGCACCGCGUGGCUCAAGACGAUAUUGCUCGACAAGAUCCUAUCCGCGUCACAGCCGCAUCCCAGCCUGCUGAGCUUUCAGGAGGUAAUGCGUGACCUCAGAGCCGUCAUGGAGGCUUCGGUCGCCAAGUAUCCAGACAGGCAUACGGACUCGCCAUCUACAUCGAUGAGCAGAUUUUAG